AGCUCCUGGGGUCACCAGCAGCCCCUGCCCUUGGCUUCCAAAUCUAUAACGAUAAGAAGAAUAGUAAUAAUGAUCAUGGUAGACUGGUGUCCAUUGCCCUUGGCUUCCAGCCCCAAGAAUAAUAAUACAAGAAGAAGGACAAUAAUGGACUGAUGUCCAUUGCAGCUUUCGACGGGGGUCACUACAAGUCCUUGCCCUUUACUUCAAGCUCCUAUAACAAUAAUAAUAGUAAUAAUAAUAAUAAUAAUACAGUGAUGUCCAUUGGAGCUCUUGGGGCCAGGAGAAGUCCCUGCCCUUUGCUUCCAGCUCCUUCGCUGGGGACUCACUCUAUGGCCUUCCAGAUGAUAAUAAUAAUAACAAUAACAAUAAUACUAGUCAUCUGGAGGCCCAUAGAAGGAAGCAAAGGGCCCCAAUGGGCCCCAGGGGCUAGCAAAACAGACCUCCUGUGGAUACUCUCAAUUGCCUUUGCUAUGACAUAUGGCCAUGUAGAUCCUGAGACAGUUUGCAUAACCUUCACCAGAAACAAUCCAGAGAGAAAGGGAGACAGAAGGAGAAAGAAGAAGGAUCCAAAAGAGCCUGAAACAUGUAUCUGGGGCCAACGCAGCUACGUCCAGAUAGGCUUUAAAAGGGGGAAGUUGUUAUUAAAGUGUAACUAGUCAUCUGUAGGACUGAAACCUUGGAAGAGGCAAUGAAACCAGACUCUGUGAAUAAAGCCCCAAACAGAUACUUGGGACCAAAGAAGAAGCGUUUCUCUUUGCAAAUGGAAGGAGAGCAAAGAGGCCCCAUUGAUCCAAGGAGAAGGGAUCGCAAAGGCCCCCACUAUCUUCCCAGCAAUGUUCCCAUUAAUGGACAGAGAGGAGGAUCAACCCUUUUCUGCAUCUAAAAUAUGAAUCAUGGUUUUUGUCGAAAUGUUUGUCCCGAUGUUCAGUUCACUUUCGCACAUUUCUGACCUUGCCUCCCAUCUCUCUCUUUGGAAGAAUCCCUUUCUGGCCUCAUGGAGCCAGUCUCUUAACACCUUUCUUCAUCUUUCGGCCAAAAUUGAAGCAAACAAUUGAUCAUCUGUAUUUAUCAGGGAUAUGGGCCUAUAAUUAAAUGGGUUUUUUGUCUUUCUCUUCUUUGGGGAUCAGGGUCAUAUUUGCUUGUUUCCAUGUUUCUGGGAUAGUUCCUUCCAGGAUGUUGUUCCUCUCCAAACGCAGGCCUUGCAAGAGUUGUCUUCCCAAUGCUUUAUUAUAGUGUUCCAUAAUAGAUCCAUCAGGUCCCAGUGAUUUCCUUGAGUUGCUUCUCUUAAUAGCUAGGAUCAUUUCCUCUCUUGUUAUUGAUUUGUUUCAUUCUAUUCGUUGUCUUUCUUCCAUCUCCUUAAGAUCAGAGUCUAUGUCUUCUCCUUCUACCUUUCUUUGCCCAGACAAAGUAGAGCAGAAGGCCACAAAUGCCUUUAUUUGGGUCUUUUAUUAUUGUCUCUUCUACUUUAAGUUCUCUGAUUUCUCUCUUUUCCUCUUUCUUUCCUCAAUUGAAGGGCUGACAGCAGUCUUCCUGUUUAUUUGCUGAUUCAAAAACAUUUUGUUUGGCAAAUCUGAUUUUCUUUCGUAUCUCCUCCUGAGUGAUUUGAGUAUCUGGUUUUUCAAUAUACUAAUUUCUUGCUUAGUUUUUUUGUCCCUUGGAUUCAUUUUUAAUUGAUUUUCUCCUGCUUUUAAUUCUUUCCUCAACUUAUCCAUAUGUCCUUCUUUCUUUCUUUCUUUCUUUCUUUCCAGCUCUGAGCCUUUUUUCACGAAAAGCCCUCUUACAAAAAGCUUUUUUGGCUAUAAUCUGGGGAAGAAGGUUUGUGAUCAGAAGAGAUCCCUCUCCCUUGCGUUGCUUCAAUCAGAGGCAGGGAAUAAGAGCAAGUUAUUACGAUGGACUUUGAUUUUGCCAUUCAGACGGUCAAGGCUGAGUUCUGGGUGGAGCAAAGAAGCACCGAUGCGGAUCUCCGGAUGUCUGCCAGAAAGAGGAAAAACACGGUUGUGCAUAAAAACACCCCCCAAAACCAUCAGACACACAAAGGUCCCACGUUGCGUGCAAGAUUUGGACGAAAGUGGGAAAAAUACCCGAAAACCACAAUGGAAGGAGGCCUCUGCCGGCUCAGAUCGCUGCUUCUGCUCAGUCUUUUUGCAGGUUGCAUUUUUGGACAUCAGACCACAGAUGGGAACAAAGUCACUUCAUUGAUUGCUUUGGAUGGAAACGUCACAGAAGCAGACGUUUCUCUGGACACGAAGCUGGUGAUAGAGAAGCCCGUCUGUUCGGUCCAGCCCAAACCCGAAGGCUUUUCCCAAACUUCGGUGUACGUGGAGCCUGUCCCUGCCUCUCGCAUCACUUUGGAAGGCCGUCACACCUUCCUGGAGUGCAAAUUCCAUCCAACAGAAGCAAAUGUCACCUGGAAGAGGUCUUGCUCCCCCAAGUGCAGCAACACCUUUGACGUCACUCCGGACGGGAGCAGGAACGUCUCUGUAGACCGCAGCCGCGGGUCAUCCAUGCUCUCCUUCCACCCGGCCCAAAGGAACGACAGUGGAAUGUACUACUGCUUUGUGGAAGCACGCGGCGGCUAUGCUCAGUCGUGCGGCACGUACCUGUGGAUCCGAAGAAUGCGCUCCAUCUCCUUCCUGAACAUGAGCGAAUCUGUCAAAAACAAGAUCAUCACUGCAGAAGGCUUCCUCUUACUCAUCUGCGCCAUGGGCCCAGGGCUUUUCCUGCUCUUCAGGAAGAGAUGGGAAAAUGAGCGUCUCUCGCAGGCCAAGAAGAAGGCUUACGAAGAGGAGAACCUCUAUGAGGGUCUCAAUCUGGACGAAUGCUCCAUGUAUGAGGACAUCUCAAGGGGCUUGCAGGCCACCUACCAAGACAUCGGCAACGUCAAAGUGAUCGACCUGCAGCUGGAGAAACCGGAGAAACCGUGACCCAAAGGACCUUGCUUUGGGUCCCUUUGCAAGGAGCCCUUUCGCAACCCUGAAUAUCCCCUCUCAAUUUAGCCUGCAAAUG